CCACGCGGCGUUCCUUAUCCCCCGCAGCCUUACACACACCGAAAAUGGACGCCACCGCCGCGGCCGCGAGGCGCCUCGUCCUCCUCCCGCUCCGCCCCACGCCACCGCCGCCGCCGUGCGGCGCGGUCGCCGCGUGCUCCCGGCGCCGGUUCGGGCAGAGGCGAAGGGUCCGGGUCGGCCGGGCUCGCGCGUCGCUCGACCGCGCCGCGGUUCUGCUGGACGCGGCGGCGGCGGUGGGUGGGACCGGGUACUCGCAGGCGAGCUACUACACGUCGCUGGGGCUGUUCGUACUGUCUGUGCCGGGGCUGUGGUCGCUCAUCAAGCGCUCCGUCAAGUCCAAGAUUGUGCAGAAGACAUUUGUCAAGGAGGACGGCCAGUCGAUGGCGCCAAAUCAGGUAGCUGGGGAGAUCCUGUCAUUCUUCACCCGCAACAAUUUCACUGUCUCGGACCGUGGCGAGGUCAUCACCUUUGAGGGCACGAUGGUACCAAGCAGAGGGCAGGCAGCGUUGCUGACCUUCUGCACCUGCAUUAGCCUCGGGAGUGUCGGGCUUGUUCUAUCAAUCGCUGUCCCAGAAGGUGGCAACAACUGGUUCUGGCUUAUGACCCUAAGCCCCUUGGCGGGAGUGUACUACUGGACAAAAGCAUCGAGGAAAGAAGAGAUCAAGGUCAAAAUGAUCCUGUCUGACGACGGGAGCCUAUCGGAGAUCCUUGUGCGUGGUGACGACGUCCAAGUUGAGCAGAUGAGGAAGGAGCUCAAGUUCAGUGAGAAGGGGAUGAUAUAUGUGAAGGGCAUCUUUGAGACAUGACCAGGGUUUUGAUUUCUGGAACCAAACAGUAGUUAUGAGUCUUUGCUGUGAUGAACACACCAGGUGGGGGUGGGGGUGAAACAUACGGGCAAAUAUGUAUCUUAGCUUUGAGAAAAAUAGGUGAUCCUCAUACGGGAUUCGAUUAGUACAUGUGUUGCCAAUGUGAGGAUAAUUGAUGUAUUAACUCAACAUAUAACUAACGACGAUGUAAGAAACUGUUGAGAAACAA